AUGGUACACCUUUGUUACUAUUUUGUUGAGUGUACACCAUCUUCUUCAACAGCCGAACACCACGAAAAGCAAAUCGAACACGGUAACUUUGUGGUCAAAGACAUUAGUGCUCUGUAUCUAGACAACAGAUUUUCUGAUGUUGUUUUAAUUGUCGAUGAGGUACAAUUGCCAGUCCACCGUGCUAUUUUAGCUUCGCGCAGUGAAUAUUUUAGAAGCUUAUUGUUCGGAGGACUUCAAGAAUCCGGUAAGCCUGAAGUCAACAUUAGUAAUGCACCAUUAGCCUCAUUUAAAAUAAUUCUCGAGUAUAUUUAUACCGGUCGGAUGAAUUUAAAUGAUCUAAAGGAUAAAGUUAUUGUGGAACUAUUGAGUCUCUCGAAUUUAUAUGAACUCUCAGGCUUACAAUACACACUGUCUCAGUAUUUAAGCAAUAACAUUAAUGUACACAAUGUAUGUUCUUUGUUUGCUAUGUCACGACUUUGUCUGCCCAAAAUCUCUGCAGUAAAAUCACCCGAAUAUCUGCUCAACUUUAUCGAAACUCACGCUUUGGAUGUAUUGCAAUCAGAAGAUUUUCUAAGUUUGUCAGCCGGAGCUCUUCAAGAAAUUCUCAUUCGUGACUCGUUUUAUGCCGAUGAAUUGGAAAUAUUCCGUGCAGUUUAUCGCUGGAUCAUAGAGAACCAAGACUACUUAGAAUGUGAUGCCACAAACAAAGUUUUAUCUGUUGUUAGAUAUCCAUUAAUGUGCGAUGAUGAACUAAACGAGGUCAGUAUGACAUUACAAAUGGUUAGUUUGGAAAGAAUAUCGGAUACAAUUCCGGAUGCCAAGUUGUUACGAAAUACGGUAUCACCACAUGAGCUUCAGUUUCGAGUACAGCAAAAUGUGAAUCUUAUUCAUGGGUCUCAGGGUGUUCUGGAUAUCAAAGAAUAUGACGGAGUUGCUAUGAUAACUUUGGGUCGUUUAGCAAUUAUAAACAAAAUUACAAUACUGUUCGGAGAUAAUGAUUCAGGGGAUUACAGUUAUUACAUUGAUGUUUCCAUUGAUGGCAAUCAUUGGGUGCGUGUUAUAGAUUAUUCAGAUUAUUUUUGUCGUUCUGUUCAAGAUUUGUGGAUCCUCAAGCAGUUAGUUAGGUAUAUUCGAAUAGUUAGUACAAAAAAUACUGGUUAUAAGAAAUUCCAGCUAUUGGAUGUAUCCUACAAUACUGAAAGAUGGGACUCAGUAAAAAUCGAAAAUGGAUUCGUGGCUCCCGAGUACAAUGUUGCUACAGAAUCUAUGAAUGCAACUGUAAAUGAAGGAUCGGGUUGUAUUCGGAUUCAACUCGCACAACCUUAUAUACUUAGUUCAAUGAGAAUGCUGCUUUGGGAUGAUGAUAACUUAUGCUACAGUUACACCGUAGAAGUUUCUGCCAAUAAUCAGGAUUGGGUAAUGAUCAUGAACAAUUCUAUGGAAAAGACACGUGGUUGGCAGGUGUUGCAAUUUAAACCAAGGCCGAUAGUGUUCAUUCGUAUUACUGGCGUGCGCAAUUUAAUAGGCAUCUUUUUUCGUUGCGUAUAUUUUGAGGCUCCCGCUCAAAUACCAUUACAUUCCCCCUACCCAGACCGUCACGAUGUAACACAUUAUUGGGAGAACAACAAACCAUGUAUUACUGUGGCAGAAGCACCGGUUCAAAAACAUGAGGAGACAACCGACCAACAAGACAAUGAUCUUGGCCACCGAUGCUCAAUUAGUUGA